ACCCAUUUCUCCACCCGUAAAACCCUAGUCGGCCUUCGUUACCUCGCCCCGCACGCCAUGGCGCUCGCCUCCCUCCGCAUUCGCCGCGCCGUCGCCCUCUCGUCCGCCGUCCUCAGACAUGGCCGCUUCUUCUCGGCGAUCCACGCCUCUCCUUCCCCUCCCUCCGUUCCCUUCCUGGCCGUCGUUUCCCCUGUCCCCUUCGGGGACCCUAGCCUCCAACGACCUUACUCCUUGAUCCCAUCCCUCUCCUUCCGGUCGUCGGCUCCUCUUUGCAGCAGCCGUUCUAGCGGCGGAGCCGACGACAAGUUCGGGCCUGAUGAGAUCCUCUUCGAGGGAUGCGAUUACAAUCACUGGCUCAUCACCAUGGACUUCCCCAAGGACCCCGCACCAAGCCGUGAAGAGAUGAUCGAGACCUACAUCCAAACACUAGCAACGGUUGUCGGCAGUGUUGAAGAAGCCAAGAAAAGGAUGUAUGCACUUAGCACCACAACUUACCAUGGUUUUCAGGCUGUAAUGACUGAGGAAAUGUCAGAAAAGUUUCGCGGUUUGCCUGGUGUUGUCUUCAUAUUGCCAGACUCGUAUAUUGAUCCUGUCAAUAAGGAGUAUGGAGGUGACAAGUAUGAGAACGGGGUUAUUACUCCAAGGCCUCCUCCAAUUCAAUAUGGUAGGCAAGGUAGAGAACGGAAUCAAAACAGAUAUGACCGGCCAAAUUAUAACAGACCACCUCCACAAGGAAAUCCAAAUUAUAACAGACCACCUCCACAAGGAAAUCCAAAUUAUAACAGACCACCUCCACAAGGAAAUCCACCAAAUGAGCAAUGGGGUUCGAUGCAAGGAGGUGGACCAAACUAUGCUCCACAGCAGGGCAAUAGUCAGCCUGGGCAAUAUGGAAGGGGUUAUGAUGCCCCUGGAGGUAGAAACUCUGUUCCUUCAGGAGAAAGGAGAGACUUCGGACAAGGAGAACAGGGAAACUAUGCACAAUCUGCGGUAAGGGAUGGUUAUCAAGGAGAACGUAGAGAUCCAAUGCCUUCAAAUCAGAGGAAUUUCAACCAAGGAUAUCAUGGUAAUUUUGCUCCUCAAGAGCAGAGGAACAUCACACGAGGACCUGGAGAACAAAAUAUGUAUGGAAGCUCUACUGGGGCAGAUAACAGGCCUGGAUCAGGUCCUAGUUAUAGCCAAAACCAUAGGCAGGAGACAAUGCCUGGUAACGGUGGGGAACACAUACAAAAUGGCAAUUUUGGUUAUGGUGGAGAGAGUAGCAGAGACGUCAGUUCUGGUUUUGGAGGGCAAGGAUCAGGUUCUGCCUACGAACAAAACUAUUCUGGUCCUACCAAAGGUCAAACAGGGUCCUGGCAGGGGAAGUGGUGACAUGCCUUUGGGUCAAAAGGUUUCUCAGCGUGAAGGUGCCCACCUCUACUUCCAUGUCUUUUUGGUCAGAAGCCAUCUCAGCCCACCUCUACUUCCAUGUCUUUUUGGUCAGAAGCCAUCUCAGCCUACGUGGAAUGUAUUAGAAUUUUAACUGAAACUGCCUAUGACUCUUCUUCGCUUUAUGUUUCAUGGUUUCUCGAACACAGCGGAAAUUGCAUUUCCUAGUUAGUAAUAUAAGUGCUUUCUGGGUC